UCAAUUUCAUAGUUUCGUUAAAUACUAAUGGCAUGCCCGUCAAAAGUCAAAAGCCACAGAUUGAGGAAAUUGUGUUGUUAGAAUAAUUAUAACUUGCAGAGCAAAUCUCCUCCACAGUUUUUCUUUUUUUUUUCUCUACCCAAGAAACUUCCUUUCAACUUUCUCUUCACUAAAAUAUCUUAAAAUCCAAUUUUCUCUUUGAUACUCUUUGUCCACAAAAUUAAUUCACCCCCACCUUCUCAAUUUCUUAGCCUUCUGCUUUGUAUUACAUCUUUGUUUCAGCAUAUGAUUUUCAGUGUCUUUUCCUUUUCCGAAGGAGGAAAAAGAAGAAAAGAAAAAAAAGCUUGGUGUGAGACUUUGAGAGUCAAUUGGUUGGUUGAGUUCUCAAUUUCUUGUGGCAGUUUUGUUGAACCCAUCAAUCCUUUCUUUCUAUGUAUGUACACAUGACUGUACCAUGAUUUUAAUUUGGAAAUGAAGUAGUUCGGUUCAGUUGUGGAGGGUGAAUUUUGGUGUGGAUUUCUUCUUGCUCUUUACCUUCUUUGCUGAGAUGGAGGAACAUAAAUCUGUUAUCUCCACCUGUGAACAAGAUCAACAUGUGGUUGCUGCCGCUCAGCACAUUUUGAAGGCACUAGCAGCAAGUAAGACUGUAUCUGAUGACUUGAGAAAAACCCUUUUGGAUAUUGAGACACAAUUGUCUUCAAUUUCCAUAGUCAAUGAGAGAAAAGGAAGAGAAAUCAAGCAUUUAGAGAGGCAGCUUAAGUGUGUUGAAGACAAGGUAAUGAGGUGGGAGGCAAACCCUUCCAACGAGUCUUCUGAGUAUUUGAAAGUUGUUGGUGAAAUCCAAGUACUGAUUCAGAAUUUGGAAAGCUUUUCUGUGAAUGAAAAGUGGAAGCAGAAGGAACUUGUUCGGAGAGCAAACGAAAUUCUGCAGGUUGCUAUGUCAAGGCUUGAGAAAGAGUUGGUCCACAUUCUUCUCCAACAUAAGCAACACUUAGAGCCUGAAUACCUGUAUUUCCAUUUUAAUAGGGUGGAUAUGGUGUUUGAUGAAUCGUUUCGUUCGGUUGAGGAUGAACAAAUCGACGAGGCCUCCCGGAGUAGCGGUGCUAGCCAAUCCGAGGCCAGCACUGUUGAUUUGGUGAAUCCAGCAGUGCUUGAACGUCUCAAGAGCAUUGCAAGUGUCAUGUUUGCUUCAAAAUACCAUCAGGAAUUCUGUCAGGUCUUUGUUACAUCGAGGAGGGAUGCCUUGGCCGAGUAUUUUGUCAUUCUUGAGAUGGAAAAGUUAAGAAUUGAGGAUGUGCUAAAACUGGAGUGGCAUUGCUUGAACCAUGAGAUAAGGAAAUGGGUUCGAGCCAUGAAGAUCAUUGUUCGGGUGUACCUUGUCAGCGAGAAACGAUUAUGUAAGCAGGUUCUUGGUGACUUUGGAUCCUUUUAUCAAUGUUGCUUUUCUGAAAUUUCUCAGAGUUUUAUGCUGCACCUCUUGAAUUUUGGUGAGGCCGUGGCAAUGGGAAUGCACACACCAGAAAAAAUGUUUCGUUUACUUGACAUGUAUGAGGUUUUGGAGAAACUUGGUGUGGACGUAGAUGUUUUGUUCUUUGAAGAAGUUGGUUCUUUUGUAAGAGGAGAGUUUCACAAGCUUCUAAGGAGCUUUGGUGACACUAUUAAGUCUACACUUCUGGCAUUCAGAAAUGCUAUUGCAUCCAAUCAUUCAAAGACCCCUUUUCCUCAAGGGGGUGUUCAUCAUGUUACCAAGUAUGUCAUGAAUUACAUCAUGGCUCUAGUUGAAUAUGGUGACACCCUUAAUCUCCUUCUUGUUGAUGACACCUCAAUUGAUCCUGCAGGCAACAAAGAUGACACACCAUGUCUCUCAUUGUGUCCAGUGGCUUGCCAAUUUCGGUCAAUCACCGCAACUCUAGAAUCCAACUUGAGCAACAAGUCCAAGUUAUACAAAGACGAGGCUUUGCAACAUAUUUUCAUGAUGAACAACAUUCAUUACAUGGUGCAAAAGGUCAAGUGCUCUGAUCUAAGCCAUUUCUUUGGGGACUGUUGGCUUCGCCAGCACAUUGCGAUGUAUCAGCGCGACGCAAGGUGUUACGAGAGGAUCUCUUGGGGCUCGGUGCUUUCCAUGCUCAAGGAGGGUAGUGUGUCAAAUUGUGUCUCACAGAGAACUUUGGAGAAAAGAUGCAAAGAGUUCAGCACUGCCUUUGGUGAAGUUUACAGGAUCCAGACAGGGUGGUUCAUCCUAGACCCUCGACUUCGCGAGGAUCUACAAAUUUCAGUGUCUCAAAAACUGGUUCUUGCAUACAGAACAUACAUUGGUAGAAACUCAUCUAGCAUUGCUGAGAAGUAUGUCAAGUACACUGAAGAUGAUCUUCAAAGUUACAUUUUGGACCUUUUUCAAGGGUCACCAAAAUCUUUGCACUAUCCUCAGCACAGAAAGUGAAGGGUUUUCAUUAUGUAGUUUCAUUUUUCACUGAGAUCAUUGUAUAUAUUGCUUGUCAUUUAGCAAAAUGGCACCAGGGUCUUAGUUUAGCUUCGGGAGGCUGUUAUGCCUGCUCUCCAUUGGCAUCAAAUUAAUAAAUGAAUAUGAUCUUACAUGUUGGUCAUUUGAAUGAAAAUGGCAAUUUUUUUUCUUUUGUU